UUCUCUGCGGUCUUAGCCCAGGACUGCUGGAAUACUUUGAAGGCGACUUACACUUCGCCUAUUGCCGCCGGUGGCUGGACGUACGGUCUAAUCGCGAACGGAUUCACUCGGCCUAGAAGUAUCCUUUUUGACGAUCAAGGAGCUCUUCUGGUUGUCGAUGCCAACUCUGGGGUAAAACAUCUGAAGCUGACUGACGACGGCGGCACUUGCUUGUCUGUGGCCGAGAAACGGACUAUCAUCGAUUCUCCAGAGUUGAACCACGGAAUAGCCCUCUCUCCGGAUGGGAAGACUCUGUACGCCUCGACCGCCGACAAGGUAUAUUCCUGGCCAUAUGAUAGCAGUGCCGCCACUGUUGGCGAUAGGAACAGGACCCUCAUAGCGAACAUGAGCAAUACUGACCAUACCACCCGGACGUUACUUCUAUCCAACAAAAGUCCAGGCACGCUCUUGGUGUCGAGAGGCAGCGCAUCCAACAUCGACGAGGGUGCGAUCAGCCAGUCCGCUGGGCAUGCUCAGCUUCGCGCGUUUGACAUCGGGAGCCUCGACGAGAACUCAGUGCCAUUCAACUUCCCAACUCAGGGAACUAUUCUAGGAUGGGGGCUGCGGAACUCUGUCGGCGUGGCAGAAGAGCCCGUCACAGGCGGUAUAUGGACUGUAGAGAACUCGGCAGACCAGCUGAGGAGGAACAAUGUCGAUAUUCACACUGAUAAUCCUGCCGAAGAACUCAACUUUCAUGGCCGUCUCAGUGAUUCUACCAAUGAUCAGGGCGGUAACUACGGGUAUCCAAAUUGCUUUGCCGUCUGGUCGACCGAGGGAUUUCCCAACAGAGGCAACAUGACCACAGGAGAUCAGUUCACUCUCAACCCAUCAUCUACCUUGAACGAUACAACCUGCAACUCCGCUUAUGUGCCCCCAAGACUAUCUUUCCAGGCGCACACUGCUCCAUUGGACAUCAAAUUCACGCCCGAUGGCUCAGAAGCCUUUGUAACUUUCCAUGGCAGUUGGAACCGAGACGAGGCUAUUGGGUAUAAGCUAUCUAGUAUACGAUUUUCGAACGGAGAGCCCACAGAGCCGGCUGACAGCCGGACACCAAUCACUGAUGUUUUAAGCAACGCAGACACCAGUAGCUGCCCAGACAACUGCUUUCGCCCGGUAGGACUUGCCUGGGAUAGUCAGCAGAGACUCUUCAUGACAUCGGACUCGACGGGGGAGAUUUAUGUCCUC